AUGAAAGUGUCUUCCGAAGACCCGAGCGCGCGCAACCACCCCUUACAAUUAUUGUGGCGAAGGCUAGAUCCCUCAAACCGGCAUGAGCUCAGCUUAAGUGACCUUAAAAGAAGCCUGACGCACAUUGACCACCCUCUUAAAAAUGCCGACACAUUGCUGAAAGAUACAUUCUUAGCUAUUGACCGAAAUGAAGAUGAAAAGAUCCAGUAUGAAGAGUUUCGCUCUUUCGCCGAAAUAGCCGAGAAACCACUCUACAUGUUAUUUCAGUCUAUCGAUCGUGAUCAAGACGGAAGGCUCUGUCGAAAAGACGUAGAAAAUGCUUGUAUUAUGGCCGGACUUUCACUUCCAAAUUCAAAUCUGGACCAUCUCUUCGCCAAGCUAGAUCAAGAUGGCAACAAGCCCCAGUAUCUGAUAAUUUCCAGAGAAUUCCUCCUCUUUGCCCCCACUUAUACGCAGGUAAGCAUCAAGACGGUUCUGUCGCUUCUCAACUCGGUCGCCAUGUCCAAGGAUGAGACGCACACCGUGCCGCCGCAGAAAAAUUCGAAAGGACGUGAUAGCCUCUCGCUCAUCUCCAAGAUCUUCUACGGUGCCCUUUCAAAGAUAGUAGAGCGCCCAGCCGCCUCCCCACGCACCUUCGGCAGGACAAACCCUUUGCAGGCGACAGCCAACCAUCUUUCUGUCUCAGAAAAUGAUUGCUGCCCCUCACCUGAGCCAAGCACCACCAUCAUUGAUAAUGCUUGCGCAUCCACGACAAAAAGUAUGAGUCUGCUCUCGGAUAUUUUGCCGCCCCCUGGAUACUACAUAUCCGGGGCUGCUGCCGGAGUGCUCUCGAGAACCUUCACGGCACCACUCGACCGUAUCAAGGUCUACUUAAUCGCAGACGUUAGCCCAUCUAACGAACCCCGCCUAUCUCUCAAGGAAACACUGUCGCUCAAAUCAACGAGGAGAAUUGGUCAGCCACUUAUCGAUGCAUGUAAAAUCAUAUGGAGGUCGGGAGGUCUUGGCAGCUUUUUCGCAGGAAACGGCCUCAAUGUAGUGAAAGUCAUGCCCGAAUCCGGGAUCAAAUUUGGCUCUUUUGAAACAGCCAAACGGACGUUUGCUCGCUUCGAGGGCCACGGCGAGCCCCAGAAAAUCAGACCCUUGUCCAACUUCAUUUGUGGUGGUAUAGCCGGUGGAAUCUCACAACUGUUCGUGUAUCCCAUAGACACUUUGAAAUUUCGGAUGCAAUGUGAAACAAUCCAAGGUGGCAUGCAUGGCAACAAACUAAUCAUGGCUACGGCAAAGAAAAUGUACACACAGGGCGCAAUCCAAACAGCUUACCGUGGUCUAGCCAUGGGUCUGGUGGGUAUAUUUCCAUAUGCCGCCAUUGAUCUCGGAACGUUUGAGUAUCUCAAGAAGGAAAUUACCCAACGUAACAUUCGAGUCCGCGGUUGUAGCGAGGAAGAAGCUGUGCCGAGCUCUCUCACCCUCGGCUUUGUUGGAGCGGUAUCAGGAACUUUUGGGGCGAGCAUUGUUUACCCUAUCAAUGUUGUACGAACGCGCCUUCAGGCCCAGGGAACAGCUCUCCAUCCACCAACUUACACUGGCGUUUGGGAUGUGACCCGUAAAACUAUUGAAAGUCAAGGCUUGAAGGGUUUGUUCAAAGGCAUCACUCCAAAUCUCCUUAAAGUUGUACCAGCAGUCAGCAUCACGUACAUGGUUUACGAAAGCAGCAAAAAAGUCCUCCACCUUCAAUAA